AGGAAAAAAAAGGUAGGAGUUGGGGUGUGGCUUGUUCAAGGAGUUGGGUUCUCUUCUCCAAGAGAGACAAAAGCAAAAGCAAAAGCAAAAACAAAAACAAAAACAAAUCAUGGAAGUUUUAGUUUAGGGUUUCAGAAACUUACACGCUCUGUUUUUCUCUCUUCUUAUGAUUUCUUCUUCCAUUUCAACUGUUUUGAUGCUUCCUUUCUGGGUUUUUGUUGUAUAGUUCUAAGCUUUCUUGGGCUUAUUUUGAUUCACUUUCUUGUGUUCUAAACCUCUGUGUUUUGUUCUUCAAAUGGAAGAGCUUGAAGAAGCUAACAGAGCCGCCAUAGAUAGCUGCCAUGGAGUUUUGAAUCUUUUAGCUCAGCCUUCUCCUCAAGAACAAGGUGAGCUGAGGAAGAAUUUAAUGGUGGAAACUGGAGAGGCUGUUUUUAAGCUCAAGAAAGUGGUAUCUCUUUUGAAUUCUGGGUUUGGUUAUGCAAAAGUUAGAAGAUUCAAGAACAUUCCUCUGCCUUUACCCCAAAAACUUCUCUUAGAUCCUCCAAACAAUGGUUUGAAUGGUAAAGUUUCAGUUUUUUUGGGAAACCCAGAUUUGGAAAUGGAUCAAAAUCAUAAGAAUUCCCUCAAAAUUCAUAAACAAGCUGCUCCAUCUUUGAACUUUAGCUUCCCCCAGCAACAGCAGCAGCAGAGGAAGCAAGCAGAGAUGAUGUUUCUUAGGAGUAACAGUGGGAUGAAUAUGAAUUUUGAUGCUUCCAAGUGCACAUUGACAAUGUCAUCUGCUAGAUCUUUUAUUUCUUCGUUGAGUAUGGAUGGGAGCGUUGCGGACGGGAGCUCGUUCCAUUUGAUCGGACCGUCGUCGACGAUGUCGGGCGAUAACAAGAGGAGGUUUUCUGGAAGGGGAGAUGAAGGGAGCUUGAAAUGUGGUAGCACUGGCAAGUGUCAUUGCUCAAAGAAGAGGAAACAUCGAGUGAAGAGAUCAAUUAAGGUUCCUGCUAUAAGUAACAAACUUGCUGAUAUCCCUUCUGAUGAUUAUUCAUGGAGGAAAUAUGGGCAGAAGCCAAUUAAGGGUUCUCCUCAUCCCAGGGGUUACUACAAAUGCAGCAGCAUGAGAGGUUGUCCAGCGAGAAAGCACGUCGAGCGAUGCUUAGAAGACCCGUCGAUGCUUAUCGUAACGUACGAAGGAGAGCAUAAUCACCCGAAAAUGUCGACGCAAUCUGCACACACUUAGCCUACAACAAGCUCAAAUUAAGCAGGAUUGGAGCCUCCAUUUUUGUUUUGUAUUAAUCAAAACUUAGUUUGGGAUUGGUGUUGGUGCUUCUUUUGUCCAUACCUUUGGCCUCAACAUUUGAACCAAGCUCUUCAAUUUGGAGACUUUCCUUUCCAAAUCAUAAAGGGAACCAAUUUAAU